AUGCCAUUUGGAAUAAAAUCUGCACUAGAAGUUUGGCAGAGAAAAGCUCAUGAAUUUAUCGAGGGGCUGGAGGGUGUUGAGGUCAUAAUGGAUGACUUCCUGGUGAUCGGGUAUGGUGAUACAGUCGAGGAAGCAGGAAGCAGUCAUGACAAGAAUCUUGUUGGUUUACUGGAGCGAGCUCGAAAGAAAUUUAAACGCUGA